AUGUCUAUAGUAAAUAAAAAACCAUCCGAUGUUGACGACGAUGCUAUUAUUGAUCAACAUUCAAAUGAUGACAGUAAUAAAUUCAGUAUUAAAGUACUAGGAACAGAUGUAAGCAUAGAUGAUGUCAAAUCAAAUGAUAAUUCAUUCAAGAGUAAACAAUUCAAAUUAGAAGAUGACCUUAAUUUACUGGUACAAGAAAGAGAUUACUUAUACAGCAAAAAUGAAGAAUAUUUUCGUGUUAUCGAAGAAUGCAUUAUGCAGAUUGAACAACUUGAAAUGAAAAAGAUCUCCUUAAAUACGCUACGAAUCGAAAAGAAAACAGAAAUCACUAUUAAACAAACCGAACUUGAUGAAAACGCAGCAACUCUGACCAAUCUUAAAUAUGCAUUACAGAAACGAAAUGCUUUAAAAAAUCAAAAUAUCCAUGAACGCCAACGAUUACUAAAUCAAUUAUCACCUACAGAGAAUAAAGAACAUGAUACGGUUGAUACACAAAAUCAUCCAUUAUUAUCAUUGAACGUAUUAGAAGAACAAAUUCAACAAAUAACACAAGACUUGUAUAAAAACAAAGAAUUGCUUCACAUGAAAGAUUCAUAUCAAAAACAAUGUCAAGUGGAAAUGGAAAAGAUCCAGGAAGAAAUUCAGUCAGAUCAAAAAAAUAUUGAAAAAUUGAAACAAAAAACCGAAGAAAUGCAACAACGAAAACGAAUCCUGAUCUAUGAAAAGGAUAUUUUGGAAAAAAAAUCUCAGCAGUUGAAUGAAACAGUUUCUGUAUUGACUACUAUUCUUAACGAGAAAAGUGAAAACCAUAUUUGUUCUUCACAACGAAUAGAUGAUAAUCAAGCAGCAGUCAAGGAUUUAGAACUUGAACUUGAAGAUGUUCGACAAAAGAUUCAUAUAAUUGAAGAAUUAAAAUAUGACGAUGAACUUUGUAAUGCUCAGGCACAAUCGAAUCAAUACAAUCUUGAACGAAGAAACCAAGAGAUUGAAAAACAUCGGCUCGAGAAGAAAUUAGAAAAUUUCGAAGAGAUACAUAAAAAUAAAACCAAUCAACUCGUUCGCCAUCAACAAAAUUUAAAUGCUGUCGAAGAAUCAUUAUGUCAAAUUCAAACUAAUAUUAAAUCAUUGGAAGCAAAUCAAAUACAACUAUUGAACGAAGUUGAGUAUUUUGAGAAAGAACAAAAUAAACUCGAUUGGAGAGUUACCAAUUUAAUCUCUCAAAGUAACGAUUUACAAAAACUCAAGGAGGAAGCAAUUCAAAAAUGGAAAAAUACUGAAAAUGAGCAUGUGGCAGUUCAACAUCGAUGGGUUCGGCGCAAAUAUUUUAAACGUGAACAUCAGAAUCAAUUGAAUAGUGCAAUUGAGGAAGAGCGGCGACUCAAAAUAGAAUUAGAACAAUGCCAACACGAGAAAAUGCUUACUGAAAUGGAUGAACAAUGUACUGAAGCACAACAACAUUAUAACGAAGUUGAAACAAAGUCGAGCAAAAGGCUGGUUAUGUCUAAUGUCAGUUUUCCAUUCUUGCCUUUUGCUCUAUCGCCUGCUUUAAACUCAAUUGGGCUUGAAGCCGUAAUAGCUGCUGGUGCUACAAACCUGUCAGUGUUUCAACAACCCAAUCUUCAACGAAAGUAUAGACAAAAAAUUGAAGAAUUAGAUUAUAAACGCUUAAAAUUAAUUGAUAAACUAGAGGAAGCUCGAGUUCGCAUCUCGCAUUUUAGAGAAGAACAUUCGCAGAUCGUUGAAGCCCUUAUACAAGACGAAAAAGAAGUUGAAAGAAAGUCACUUUUUUGUUGGGAAUCAAAAGCUACUGCUGAAAAAUAUAUAAAAGAACACCAAGAUGUGUGUGAAUGUGAAAAAGAAGUCGAACACAAACUAAGAGUGAUAAAUGAUAAAUUACAACAAACUCAAGAACAAAUUAAAACCACAACGAAUGAUAUACACUUGUAUAAGCAAUUACGAACAAUAAAAACAAAUGAAAUAGAUGAUUUAAAACAAAACAUAAAGCACUUUAAAAAUGAAUUAAUUGAAAAGCACCAUCAAAGCAUGGAACAACUUCGUGAUGUUAUCCAACAAAAACGAGUGGCAUUAUCAGAUACAGUACAAUGUAUCGAAAACUACAAAUCAAUUGUGAAAAAACUCGAAGGUAUGAAUUGA